AUGUUCUCACGACGAAGCUUCGAACGCUUCUGCGUACUGGUUCUAAGCCUUGCUGCCACUGGUACGCUUGUUGAAGCUGGGCCCUGUGAUAUAUACGCCUCCGGCAACACGCCCUGCAUCGCCGCGCACAGCACCACUCGGGCCCUGUACAAUGCCUACACCGGCGCACUCUACCAGGUCAAACGUGGCUCCGAUGGUACCACGACCGAUAUCUCGCCGCUUUCCGCUGGUGGGGUUGCGAAUGCCGCAGCCCAGGACACAUUCUGUUCAAGCACAACCUGCUUAAUCACGAUCAUUUAUGACCAGUCUGGCCGCGGUAAUCACCUCAAGCAGGCUCCACCGGGCGGCUUCAAAGGCCCUGAAGCUAAUGGCUACGAUAACCUGGCCAGCGCGAUUGGCGCACCAGUCACGCUGAACGGCCAGAAGGCAUACGGCGUGUUCAUGUCUCCCGGCACCGGCUACAGCAACAAUGCCGCCAGCGGCACGGCGAUAGGGGAUGCAGCGGAGGGAAUGUAUGCAGUGCUUGAUGGAACCCACUACAACGGUGCCUGCUGCUUCGACUAUGGCAAUGCUGAGGUCAGCAGUACCGAUACGGGCAACGGCCACAUGGAGGCCAUCUACUAUGGUGACAACACCGGCUGGGGCUCCGGCGCUGGGAGUGAACGGCCUGUUCUCUGGCUCUUCCCCGCCAACAACGCCGGCGACCCGUCGUUGUCCUACCGUUUUGUCAAUGCGGUUCUCAAGGGAGGGCCAAACAAAUGGGCCAUUCGCGGUGGAAAUGCUGCGUCCGGUUCCCUAUCAACAUACUACAGCGGCGCGCGUCCAAGCGUAUCUGGAUACAACCCGAUGAGCAAAGAGGGUGCCAUCAUCCUUGGCAUCGGCGGCGACAACAGCAACGGCGCCCAGGGCACGUUCUACGAGGGCGUGAUGACUUCCGGCUACCCGACCGAUGCCACCGAGAACUCUGUGCAGGCUAAUAUCGUAGCGGCGAAGUAUGCUACCACGUCGCUGACUAGCGGAACCGCGCUCACUGUCGGUUCAUCAAUCUCGCUGCGGGCUACCACGUCCGGCUACACGACGCGCUACAUCGCACACACCGGCACGACCAUCAAUACUCAGGUUGUCUCGUCAUCCAGCACCACCGCCCUCAAGCAGCAGGCUAGCUGGACGGUUCGCGCAGGUCUUGCCAAUAGCGCUUGCUUCUCGUUCGAGUCCGUCGAUACCCCUGGGAGCUUCAUCAGGCACUAUAACUUCGCGCUCUUACUUGCCGCCAACGACGGCACGAAGUCACUCUACGAAGAUGCCACAUUCUGCCCGCAGACCGGCCUAAAUGGCCAGGGCAGCUCGAUUAGAUCCUGGAGCUAUCCCACUCGCUACUUCCGCCACUACGAGAACGUGCUUUAUAUUGCGAGCAACGGCGGUGUCCACACGUUCGACUCCGCCACUUCUUUCAACGAUGACGUGAGCUGGGUGAUCAGCACUGGCUUUGCUUGA